AUGGCUUCUUCUUCUGGUGCAAGAAAGUAUCCGAAAAGGCUGUAUGAUGUUGAUAAAACCCCAAUUCAGAGUAGGAGCAUGAACCAUAGUUGUUUUUUGGCCAACAUUCAAACGGUGCUAGAAGCUGUCGGGGAUGAUGUUGUGUCUGAGUUGAGGGAAUCAGCUGUUGGAGUGAUUCUGAAGCUAAAAGAGUUGGAAUACACUUGGUCUGCUUCCUGCGUUCACCAUUUUCUCGCCAAUCAAUUGGCUAUCGACAACAUUCAUGAGAUGUGGUCCUUGAUAGAUUGUAUGCCGCUGCGGUUUUCUUUGUACGAGUUUGGAGAGAUUACGGGGCUAAAUUGUGAUCCUUUCGACAAGAAUGAGAUUUGGGAUGUGGAGCAUGAAAGUUUUUGGCUGGAGAUGAACGUGCCCACAUCAGAAGGACCUACAUUGAAAGAGCUACAAGCCCUUUUUCCUAUUUGCAGAAACUGGUCUCGAGAGAAGCGAGUGAUGAUAGGUUUGUUGUGUCUGCUAUGCAUUGGGAUAUUUGGAAUUUCAAGCAACAGCAGAAUCCCUUUACAUUGUGCUAAAAGAGUGAUGGAUCCAGCAGCUUCCCAACGAUAUCCAUGGGGAAGUGUAGGAUUUACCAGCCUUCUUGAGUCUAUUAAAGUACUCACCUAUGAUGGAAAGAAGAGUUACACACUUCAUGGUUGUGUUCGUGAGCUCUUAAUAUGGGUUUUUGAGUUUGUCCCUGGUUUAGGAGAGAAAUUUGGGAAUCGGAGAGAAGGUGCUGGUGUCCCUCUUCUGUCAUGGCGGGGAUCUCGUCCGCGUAUCAACUUCUCAGAUUUCUGUGCCCAAGAAAAGAGAACAUAUCAGAAGCCAAUAGAGGAUAGAUAUCCGAAGUGGGAAGAUAAUAAAGUACAUACUGAGCUGGAUAACAUGAUUCAGGACAUCCUCAAAGGUCAGCUUGAUGAAAAGUAUUGGGAAGUAAUGCCUGCUACGAAAUCGACAAAGAGAAAAAGUCACGUGAACCCACCUUGUGUUCUAGAUACCAUGGAUGUGGGUCCUUCUACUAAGCGAAAGAAGGACACAGAACAUGUCAACGGUUGCCACACAUCAGAAACGGUUGUAGCUCACAACAUCGCCAUACUUGGGUUGGUUGAGUCGGUGAAGAACCUGACUGCAUUGAUGGAAUAG